UUACAAUAAUUUAGUAUAUAACUGGAGAGACUCGAGAGUAAAAACUAUCAGUCUCUCUUGUUAAGUCUGCAAAGAAUAAAUAAAUUCACAAAAAACAUGAACUUCAAAGUCUUCCUACUUUUUGGUCUUGUACUUUUCGUCUGCACCGAAAAUGUUAAGUCACUACCUGUCCCUGAUGGAGAGGAAGCGAAACCUGCAGAAGUUGCAGCAGAAGUUGCAGCAGAACCAAAGAAAGCUGACGAGGACGAUGACGCUGAUGAAGACAUUUCUUUAAGUGAUCUUGCAGAAAUUAAGGAAUUCUUUGAAGAAUUAGAAAAGGGAUUUGAUGAGAUUUUGAAGGCUCUUAAAGAAGUACAAGAGGAAACGUUAUCAAAGGAGAAAGAAGCAUCGACGCCACCAAAGACAGAUAGAAAGUGAAAUUAGUAAUUUUAUUUCUUUUGAAUAAAAAAUUUGUAUCAUUUGAGAAUAUAUGUUACAUUUUUUUCGAGAAUUAUUAUUAUUUGUGAAUAAAUAUUAUAACUAAAGAGAAAA